CCGGGUGCCCUCAGUCGAAAUGGCAGCCGACGGCAGUUGGCCCAUACUGCUUCUGUUGCUCUCAACUCAGGCCAUUAUUCACGCAGAGAAUUUGAGUGAAUCGACACCUGGUACUGAAGAGGAUUACAAUGCUAGCACCAGUCCGGGUCCACCGAUAGAAGAGACCACCAAUCGCUUGGAUGGCCGUGUGGAACCAAUGCAGAAGGGCGGUGGUGGUCAAGAGCAAUAUGAUGUGAUCGAUGUCAUGGCCUCCACGGGCACGGGAGUGGGUAAGCCCAAGAGUGGCCAAACCACUAGGAUCUACACCACCGGCGAAGUGGAUGAAAACUUUUGGCUAAAACAUCUGGGCGAUGACUUCAGACAUGCCAUCCAUCUGCAGGUGGGCGGCGUCAAUGAAGAGUACAAUCGCUUGAUCAAUCAGACCCAGAAUGGAGUCCAUGAGGAGGUGCAUCACGAGUAUCUACCGGGCGCUGAGAGACCUGGAAGUGAUGGUGCUCCUGGACCUGGACCUGUUCCUUCUCCUCCACGUCAGCCCCGUCCAGCCUAUCGCCAGAGCUUCGACAAUCGAGCCAAAAACAUGAAGCAGCAGUAUCUCAUCCAACAGCAGAUCCAGCAGCCACAUCCUUCCCAGCAACGUUAUAAUUAUGCCCAACAACAUGCACAACAAUAUGUACCACAGCCACACACACACCAAUACCCACAACAACAACACCAACAAACACCACACAGAAACACCUACCCAAAACCCCAGAACAACUACAAACCUCAGAGUUAUAUCAUCAACUCUAGCGAGGAUCAGCUGCACGCCGCCCAAUCGCAUCCCUCGCCUGUACGUUCCGCUGGAGAGGGUCGUCCGAAUCCCCACGAGGAGGAGGUGGACUCCUUUGGCGGCCAACUCAACUUCAAGUCGCCCUUCAACGACUACGGCAGUCGACCCACACGAGAUCUCACCUAUCUUCUCUAUAAACGAGGUCUCUGAAGGCAGACUCCAUCCUCACCGAAAGCAAAAGACUUGUGGCGCCGAGUCCAUUGAGUUCUAUAAAUGGGGCUGAGCCACA